CUGUCAGUCACGUUGAGUUUAGUAGAACGAGUGGAUACGGUGCGGCGCAGACAUAAAUUUCAUUAACAGCGAAACGUCAACAGCAACGCAACAGCAACAUCAACAGCAACAGUUGUUGAGUGAAACUCAUAUUGCCUGCAAACUCACACAAUAUAUCACAUAUUCACAGAUAUAGAUAGAGAGAUAUAUUGGAUAGGUGGUUGGUUGCUGUAUUAACAGAUAUUUGUACGUAUAUAAAUUUCUGCAUUAGAUGUAGACGACGUCGGGCGUCCACACCGCACAUAUAUCGCAAAUAUAUCGCAAAUAUAUCGCAAAUAUUUAUAGCAGAUUGUGCGAAACAAUUGAUGGAAGCAAACGAAGUUGAAAAUUUUACAAAAAUCAAAUAAUUUAUUUAAAACAAUCAAAGUGCAAGGCAACCGAAUUAUUUAAUUGUACGGAAAUUUAUAAAUAAAUAAUAUUUACAUAAAAGCAAAUAUGGUGAUCGAUAUAAAAAUGUGUCGCUUCGACAACGUGCCCUGGGGAUUUCGGUUGGUGGGAGGCUCUGAUUUUGAACAUCCACUCACGGUUGUUAAGGUAAAUGAGGGUGGCGUAGCUGAGGAGGCUGGCUUAAAAGCUGGCGAUGUCAUUGUGCGUAUUAAUGACAUUGCAGCCACACCCCUAACGCAUGAUGAGGUUAACAAAAUCAUUACGAAGUGCGGUAAUGUCUUUUUUUUCGGUGUUUAUAGGGAAAAUGAGGAGCCAGAAGAUAUACCAAAACAUUUUCCAGUCAAAGAUACAGAACGUUCUGCAACACCAGAAUCUUUGGUCGAUGCUAAUAGUAUCGGUAAAAGUCCAAUUCCAAACGAACACUUGGAUGAACUCAAGCAGGAAGAGUGUGAAUGCUCAGAGAGAUCAUGUUCUGUAUUAUCCGAGAAUACAGAACGCAUUUUGGUAGAGGAAGAAAUAGCAGCGGUACUCUCUGGUGAAUCUGAAGUUCUUAAAGAACAUAAUAUUAUGGGCGUUAAUUUUUAUAGAAUUUUUCCCAAGCCUGGUGUUUGUAUGACCAGCGCUGUAUUGAAAACACUCAACGAAGAAGCUAUCAAAACUAAAGCAGAAAAGGAUAAAGAAAACAAAAAAUGGACUACAUUUUUACAGAAACCAGAUCGUCCAAUACCAAAAAGUAGACAGCAACUCGAAGCUGAACGCAGAGCUGCCAAUGCUUAUAAAGUCAAAAUUGUCAAGUCGCAACCAAGAAGUGAACGUGACUCGGUUUCGCCAUUCGUGCAAAAAGAAACUGACAUGCCUACCAAUGCAACGCAAAAUACUGAUACCACAAAUGCUGAAGAAACCAUGGCAGAAAGUUCACAAAACGAAACCGUGUCCGAUGUUUUAGAAAAUGUGGCGCAGCCUGCUGAGGAAAUUGAUGUGCCAAAUUUGGAAGCAUUACAAAUCGAUACUAAUAACACAGCAGAUGAAACUAAUGAAGAUGAUGUUGAUGACGACAAAGCCACUGAUGAAGAAAAAAUUGAUAAGGAAAAGGAAGCAUCGCCUGAGAAUAAGGAAACCAUUGACGACAAUAAAUAUGCAGAAGUGGAAAUAAAUGCGGAAAAGUAUGAAAAUGAACAGAGCACAUAUGCUGCGGUGCCAAAAACUGAAAACACUGAAAACACUGAAAAAAUCGAAAUCGAAAAAUUUGAAAAAAUUGAGAAAAUUGAAAAAACAGAAGAAGAACUUGCACUAGAACAACAACUUGCGAGUGUACAAAAACAAUUGGCAGCACUUUCGAGUUUACCCUCAACCAUACAAGCCACACUGGAUGCAGUUACGAAACAAUUGGCUGAAUUGUUGCCAACAUUUAAGUUACAAGAAAUAAAACCAUUGAAAGUCGAAAAUGUACCACGUGAAAUUAGUUUGGAGAAGAUCGAAGAAGUUGCAGAGACUGCAGAGGAUAACAAAACUGAAAGGCGAGCAGAUGUGCAAGAUGCAAUAGAGAGUAAUGAAAGCGUUGAAUUGAAAUCCGUUGAUAAUGAAGUGCCAAUUGAAAAUAAGCAAAACGAUAGCCUUAACAACAAGUGUAAUAUUGCGGAAGAGCGAGAUAAAAAGAUGGAAGAGUCUCAAGUGGAGUCCCGUAAAGCACAGCAAAUGGUCGAGCAAAAGGAGCAAAUGGCAGAAAUGGAUGAGACACAAAACUUAAAAAAGCAAAAGAGACAUGAGGUCAUUGAGGAGCUCGAAGAACAUUGGGAACGUAAAAGUAAUCCGAAACGUUCGAAACGUGCAUUUGGGCCAUUGACUCCUUCGUCAGAGCGUCCGUUAGUAUUGCCCGGUGGACGUCGCUGGUAUCGACCCAAAGAUGCUUAUAAUGAUGAAUUCAUAGCGGAAACAUUAAGUGCACAAGCGGAACUAAUAACCGGCACAACUUUAGGAUUGAAUUGUGGAAUCGUUUAUUUAAUGGCGAAAACAUAUCUCGACGAGCUUUCCGGUAAGUACUUGCUCCAAACUUUAUAGACACUGAGCACCGCAGUGAAAUGGUGCGGUGGCUGGAGUGUAAGCAUAUUUAAUGAACUUCUUAAUUUAAUUAAUAUUAUUACUGAUCAACUUCAAAGCCCUCAAAAACAUUAUUAAUUGCUCACAUGAGCGGUUUGAGUUCUUCGAGGAAGUAGGCAAUGCAAAAAGGACGCUACAAGCAGACACGAAAUCAGUAGAGACAUUGCAUUGUACAGAAUGUAUUGAUAAAGAUUGUUUUUUAAAUCACUGAAAUUUUUUAAAAGCCGAUCCCGAAAAUUUUUUUGGGUUAUGGGCCUAGCUAUAAGUGUUCAGAUAUUCAAUCCUUUGUUUGCAUCUGAUACUGCAAUGUACUUAACGUACUUUAUGCACUAAGUCUUAAUUUAAAAAUACCUGUAGGGACAUAAAUGUUAGUUAGAAGUUAACACCCAUAGUUAUGUGUGAACUGUAGAUAUAUAAAUGUAAUCACAGUUUGUAGAAUUUCAAUUAACAAAUUUUCAAAACUUCCUUGCAAUAUAUGUAGCACGUAGCUUUGGUAUUUUCCUAGACAUAGCUAGGGGUUAUGGUCUACUUCCUCUGGAGAGUAAUCAAAUAAGUACUCAGAUCUAUUAUCUUCAGCUACCUAAUAACAUUGUGCGAUACUUAAUUAAGCAUUUUCUCUGCUCCUUACCAGCUUUGACUUCUAAAAAACAACCGGUUUUUAGAGAAACAGUACUUUAAAAGUUUGUUGGACCAUUUAUCGGGAGGAACAAAAAUGUGAUAAAUAACUAUUAAUUAAUUGCCGUCAUUAGAGUAAAGGUUGUUAGUUGAUUUUCUAUUAGGCUAUUAUAGCUUGUUUUGUCAUUUCAACAAGUUAAGUCUGUGUGAUGUGAUAAGUCUAAGGAGUGCGUUUUCGGUAUCAGUAGGGUGUGUAAGUUGGCUGUUGUUUUUAUAGCCUGAUGAAUUCUCUAUUGCAGGAAGUAUGCAAUGAAUUACAAAAUUCGAAUACGUGAGUCAACAAAAUUUUUAUUUAGUGUGUUCUUACCACUAUAGCCUUAGUAAAAGUGAACGAGCACACUUUUAUGGAGUUGAGAGCUAUCAAAGCCAAACGGGGCUUUUUCAGAAAAACAAAUUGAUGUCCCGUUUGGCAGCAAUCAUGCAUUCGCUUAAUAUAGCAUGAUUCUGCAGUGAAUAUAACCAAGCGCAGGGACCGGAUUCAAAAGGCCACGGGUGUUAACUUAUACAAGAAAACAAGUCGUUUGGAAUAAGGAAUACAUGAGGUGUGAGUGGAAACGCGGAGCGGUCAGAUCUACGUUCUGGACUCACUUAGCAACUAUAACGACCAAGCAUCUCUCAUCAUUUUUUAUUGCUUCAAAUACACAAUUUUCAAGCAAUUGCUGUACAAACAGAUAUACGAUUUUUUUAACUAGACCAACUGCUACAUAAACAUUAAGAUACUUUAAU